CCCGUUGCUGUUGUAGAAUGUAGAGGCAAGGCGGGGCGUAAAAGUUUUUGUUAGCGUUCUCUCCUCUCCAUGUGCUAACUUCAUGAUUGGAGCGUGACUUGUGACAGCUGUGCGAACCUCCUUGACAGCAACAUGUCUUGGGAACGAACAAAACAAACGUAGCCUUUGUUACAGUCCAAAAUCGGUUUACGGUAUUUAAAGCAAAAAGUAGCUACGCGUAGCGGAGGGGGCGAGGGAAGACCAUAUCUGAACACACUUUACUGGCACGCGUUUCCACAGCACUUGCAGCAUGGCAGAGAAGCCUCCGCUGCCCACCGACGACGCGGAGGAGAGCCACUGGUUGGACGAGGGCCAGGUGGAGACCCAGUUUGGGCCGGGGCAGGUGGCUGGUGGCGGGGCUGAGGGGCAGGACCGUCCAGCCUGGGACUCCAAGCUGCAGUACGUCCUGGCCCAGGUGGGCUUCAGCGUAGGCCUGGGGAACGUCUGGAGGUUCCCUUACCUGUGUCACCAGAAUGGAGGAGGGGCGUUCAUGGUGCUGUACGUGAUUCUGCUGGUGGUGAUUGGCGUUCCCCUCUUCUUCAUGGAGCUUGCGGCGGGCCAGUGCAUCCGGCAGGGCAGCAUCGGUGUGUGGAAGCACAUCUCCCCCAAGCUGGCGGGCAUCGGAUACUCCAGCUGCUUGGUGUGUUUCUACGUGGCGCUCUACUACAAUGUCAUCAUUGCAUGGAGCCUCUUCUACAUGGGAAACUCUUUCCAGUACCCCCUGCCGUGGGAACAGUGUCCCAUCGACACUGCUACCAACAACACAGUUAAGGAAUGUGAGGGCAGCUCCCCUACGUCCUAUUUCUGGUUCCGAAAGGCCCUUGACAUCACCAACUCCAUAGACGAAUCAGCGGGGUUCAACCCCAUCAUGACAGGCUGCCUAUUGGCUGCUUGGGCCAUCGUUGCCCUUGGGAUGAUCAAAGGAAUCAAGUCCUCGGCCAGGGUGAUGUACUUUUCGUCCAUCUUCCCGUAUGUGGUGCUCAUCAUCUUCCUCGUGCGAGGUUUGAUGCUGGAUGGGGCGAUGGAGGGGAUCGCGUACAUGUUCUACCCAAAAGUGGAGACCUGGGGGGAGGUGCAGGUGUGGCGGCAGGCGGCCACGCAGGUGUUCUUCGCGCUGGGCCUGGGCUACGGCUCCGUCAUUGCCUACUCCUCCUACAACCCCGUCAACAACAACUGCCACCGGGACGCGCUCAUGGUGUCCGGCAUCAACUUCAUGACGUCCGUGCUGGCCUCGCUGGUUGUCUUUGUGGUGCUCGGCUUCCGCGCCAAGAACAUCACGCUGCGUUGCGUGGCAGAUAACCUGGGCCUCCUGGGUGAGGAGGCAUCCCAUUGGUCGGAGCAGCCGUGGUGGCCCCAGUUCAACGUGAGCGGCCCGAGCUCCGUGUCCAUCGGUGAAUACCAAGAGUGGUUCUCGCACUACGGCUCCCUGGCGGGUCCAAACAUCACCGAUUGCGAUCUGGACAAGGAGAUGAAUAAGGGUGUGGAGGGGACAGGGCUGGCAUUCAUAGCCUUCACCGAGGCCAUGGCUCUGUUCCCCGCCAGCCCCUUCUGGUCCACGCUGUUCUUCCUCAUGCUGCUCAACCUGGGCCUCAGCACCAUGUUUGGCACCAUGCAGGGCAUCCUCACCCCCCUCAUGGACAACUUCAGCCUGCUGGGGCGACACCGCACUGUUCUCACCGUCUCUAGCUGUGCUUUGGGCUUCCUGAUUGGCUUGCUGUUCACUCAGCGUUCAGGGAACUACUUUGUGACGAUGUUCGAUGAUUACUCCGCCACCUUGCCGCUUAUCAUCGUGGUGGUGUUUGAGACGUACAGCGUAUCCUGGGUUUACGGAGCAGACCGUUUCUUGGAUGACAUUGAAGUAAUGCUGAAAUGGCGCCCCCCGGUGGUGUACAAGUACCUGUGGAAGUACGUCUGUCUGCUGGCCAUGGUGGGGCUGCUGGUGGCCAGUAUUCUGCGCAUGUUCUUCAAAUGGCCCACGUACACCGCCUGGAAUGAGAACACGGCCUCGGAGGACAGCCUCAAGUACCCGGGCUGGGCGCUGGCCAUGAUCACCGUGCUCAUAAUCAUCCCCACCCUGCCCGUACCCAUCGGCUACGUUUACUCCACUCUGCGUAGCCGCGGCGCUUCCCGCCUCCGGCCCCAAGACGCGGCGGUUGCCGGCUGCGUGGCCAUAGUCGGCCAGGAUGGGCACCGUGAGAUGUACACCAAGUGCAGCUCCAUGGAGCGUCUGGACGCGGAGGAGGAGGAGGACGAUGAGAAGCAGAGGGGCGUAGCAGCUUGCUCUAGGGUGGGGUUCUUGUCUGGCCGUAGUGAGGAGCACUACCAACUCCUCCCCCAGCGGGCAGAGCUGGAGCUGGAGGAGGAGCAGGAGGAGGACACGGUGGUGUGACUGGUUCAGGAAACAGGAAGUAGUUGCUGAGUGUUGACACGAAGACUGAAUUUCAUCCAAAUGGAUGGCCGCGGAUGGUUAUCUGUAACUCCUCACAUGAGAGAGACUAAGCUGUAUUAUUUGUUGUCAUUUUUGUUUUAGCAGUACUUUGAACGUUUGAAACACCUCAGCACUGGAGGUUCAGGUUGGGAGGAGUAGCUAAGUGGGUUUAGGUCUAGCCAGCCUUUUGCAGAUGGGCCAAAUGCUCAUGCCAUCCUCUGCUUCACUCUCAACGGCUAGCACAGGGGAGGGACCUUUAUCUACUGCCUCAUCUCUGGAAUUCAAUGCAAUUAUUGACACAUCGUAAGUGUUCACAUUUUCAUGAAUGUAGGGCUGCACUCCCAAGUGGCUGAUAUGGCCUGAUGUUUGCACACCUGUCCCACCUCAGCAGCAGGUGCAGUGGGGAACCAGUUGGACCAGUUGAAGUGGUCCACAAUCUCCACUCAGCAUUGGAACAAUCAAGUGCUUUUAGAUCAUUUACCAAGAGAUUAUUUUAGCAAAAUGUAAGUCCUGUCUAUGUGCUUAUUUCUGUCAGGGGUCAUUUGAGAAUGUAAGCUGCAUAUUGGGGAUAAAGAGUGGAAGAGAUGUAACAAACUCUGAUAGUCUGCAGAGAGACUGUACACGAAACACUGUCAAGAUGCUGUACAACACAAUGAUUGUGAAUAUCAUACAAUAAUCCAAAGAUUAUUGACUGUUUUCUACAUUAGAAAGUUUACUUAGCCGGCUUCAACUUCUGGAGCGGCUCUUAGACAGUUUCUUCCAUCUGUAACAAUCCUUUUUUUUUUUUUUAAGUCGAUUGUAUAUAGUUUGGAUGUGAUCUGGGGUGAUCUUGAAACUGAAAUCCCUUUCGUUGGCGACCGAAUUGUCCUCAUUAUAACAUCAUUUUAUCAAAUAAUAGAGUGGAAGCCCCAUUUUAACAAUAUAUGUAUAAUCCUGAUGGAACUACCAAACCUUCACCCAGUCCAUGUAAUAAACAUCCAUGGUGAAAAUGUCUCUUUAUAUAAGUUAACUGCUGAAUCAGAAACUUGAAUAAUAAGAGCGUAACAAAUGUUUCUGGGGAAAUGGAGCACGGCGGGCAAGAUGUGCUGAAGUAGACCCAUUACUUUUACUGCCUAUGAAUGUGAUAAUGUAGAAUAACUACCCACAAGACAUGACUGUCUUUACCCUCAUGGUCUUCAAGCCAGCUUCCUGAUGUUGAUCUGAUUGUAGAUUAGCCUAUCUUUCAUAUUAACACUUGUGUUUUUCUUCUAUGAUAUUUCUAUAGAUGGGUUGGGACCGUUUUAUUUCUAGGUUCAACGUUUAAAACCAUGUGCAUUUUAGAUGUAGGCUACUCUAUUUCUUGAGCUCGUAUAGAGAAAUGACAAGGAUGCAUUGGUUACUAACCCUACUAAACCGACCCUCUAGAUGGCAACGCACGACUUGGCUAGACGACUAGAGGAAAUCCAUACGAUUAUCCCACUACCGCUUUCCCCCUACUCUCAUUGGAGAGCGUGGAGAAAGAGAAAACAUGACCUCUGAUAAGGGGUCGUUCACUAAACUUUCACUAAACGGAACUUCGACAUGCCUCUUGUAUUUAUCAAUAAAAUGACAAAAAACAA